AAAUCACAAAUUCUUCCUAACCAACUAAAACAUUACACAAUCCUCUUAAAACAACAGCAUAACCAGAGUAUACGGACUCUGAGCAUAACCAUUCGCACAUUGCGUCACGCUUCAUUUCAUUCUGUAUUGCGAUUUUGCACGCUGUACAUUAAAUAAAUAACAUCGUCAAGAAAUUAAAAUGGAAAAGGUCAAGUUUGAGAUGGAAGAAAUGAUUCAACUCUGGUUGCGUGACAAGAAUGAUGAUCACAAAAUACUAAAAUGUGCUCAACAAAUUGAAAAUAGAGAACAGACGAUCGGUGACCUUGUUACAGCAUUGGGGCCACACCUAACGAACAAGGAUACUAAAAUAAGAAUAGAUGCCUGCACUUUAUUAUCAAAUGUCAUCCAUAAAUUGCCAAAGGACUGCCUAAAUCAGGGUGAACUUGAAUCUCUAGUUCAGUUUUUAUGCAGCAGGCUAGAAGAUCAUUACACCCUGCAACCUGUAGCGUUAAGUUUGCUGUUACAACUCAGUUCUGCUGACAAUUUAACCGGCGAAAAUGCAUGUAGCAUAAUAACGUCAGUGUUUAAAGAAGUGCACAUUCAAACAUGCAUGCAACAUGACCGAUUAAAAAUAUUCCAAAUUCUUGGAACUCUCUUAGACAUUCACACCAAAGAUGUAAUUACAAUGGGCAGAGACUUUUUGUACCAAUAUAUCCAAGUAAUUGAUGGUGAACAAGACCCAAGAAAUCUCCUCACCAUUUUUCAACUGACUAAGAACCUAAUUGAAAGCAGUUUCCCACUUUUUGACCUGGUUGAGGAAUUGUUUGAUGUCUCUUCUUGCUAUUUUCCUAUAGAUUUUAACCCUGCAGCCGCUGGAAAGAAAUCCACUAUUACUAACCUUGACCUAGUAUCUUCCCUACGUGGUGUUCUUGCUUCUACCAAGCAAUUUGCCCAGUACUGUAUCCCGUUAAUGCUUGAAAAAUUGGAAUCUGACGUUGAAAGUGCAAAAAUAGAUUCGUUAGAAACUCUUACUGCUUGUCUUGGCUGUUACGGAAAACAAGAGCUUGAAAAAUAUCUAAGUUCGCUUUGGUCUGAUGUAAAACGUGAGAUAAACCAGUCUUCAUCUGAGCAGAUCGAAAAAUGUUGUCUCACUUUUUUGACUUCACUUCUAUCAAACUUGUCAAGCUGGCCAGUUGAUCAAAAGAGUGAAAAAGCCACUGAUUUGAAAUCCUUUUUGGAUGAUGUAUUAGAAGAUUGCGUGCCAAGAUUGCAGGCACAAAGUGAUGACAGAUCAAAAUGGAUGGCAGGCCAUGUUGUACUUGCAUGCGCAAAAUCUUCCAAAAAAGCUUGUUCUCAAAUCGUGACCACAGUUUUGCCAAUUUUGUUGCAAAACGCGCAAUCGAAAAGUGCUUCAACAACACUGGCUGGACAAAGCGUUCAACAAUCUGCCCUUGAUAACCUUGUUAAACUAACAGCAGUUUGUGGACAGUUUAAUUUUGAAAAUCACCCAGUUUUGAAAAAGAAAGAAGAAUUUUUUACAAUUUUAAAUGAACUUGCUUUAAAAAGUGAAAUUGAAGAACAACUAAAAUGUAUUGCUGUGGCUGGCUUUGCUUCUUUAUUAAAACUUGAAAUCCUAUCAAAUGUUGAAUUAACGGAGAUAGCAUCCCUGUUGUUGAAGAUGAUCAAAUUGAAACCAGAGUCUCAUCUUCGAGGGGAAGUUUUAUCAGUUGCUGGUUACCUCUCCUCCCAACAUCCGGAUGUUGCGAAGUCUCAUCUGAUCCCUUGUGUGAUGAGGAGGAUGGAAGAAGGAGAUGACUCAUGCUUCGAUGUCCUUGCUUCCGUGUGCACACAUUUUGAUGUCUUGAAAUUGGUUCUGGGUUUUAUUAUGGAACGCAUAGUGAAUACUCAAGUAGAUGAAACAAGCGAGCCAUUGCUGCAUGCUUGCCUUGAAUCUCUGCAGAAAAUGACCAGCAGUAGUUGGGUAGGAAACACUGAGAUUGAGUACAUGGCAUUAAACUUGGUGUUGCCGCUACUGAAACGGUGUAUUGAGGUAACACUGGAGCUUUCGGUUCCAGAGCAGUGUUGCGCGAAUUGUCACAUAUUUGAGGACGUUUCUAAAGAAUGUGCAUCACUGCCAAUUCUAAAGUCUGCGGCUAUUGUUAUUCGGAAUGUGUGUCAGAAACUAAAACCUGGAAAAUCAACUGAUCUUGUCAUUCAAUUAAUCGCGUCUUUGUAUAACAAUAGUAAACUGAGCUCGCUUGAUAUCAAAUCAGAUGUUCAUUUUACCCCGUUUCACCCCAAAGCUUCUCCAUUACAAACAAGAACUUUAUGCUUUCUUCCCGCCACUAUAUGUGCCCUCCAUCCAAAUAUUGAAAUACCUGAACUGGCUGAGUUGGAGACAAAGUUGCUAAAUACCUGCUUGCAUUGUACUGACCAACCAAGUUAUGUAUUUGCAGCUAAAGCUUUGUCAGGUCUGGUGAAUAAGUACAAGAAACCAUCAAUCCCAAUACUAGAAAAGUUAAAAUCCCAUUUUGACACUGACCCAAAUUGGAGUUUAAAAUCAGAAGAAGAAAAAAUGAUGAUUCUUACUCUUCUGAUAUGGAUAUGCAAAGCUCUGGUGUUAUCCAACCAUCCGGACUCUUUGAUCUUUAUCAAAAAUCUUCUCUACUGGAUGGGAGAUGAUUCAGUAGGAGAGGUUGCUGCAGCGGGGUUUGAUAUUAUUCUAAGGGAGUCAAAUGAGGUCCUCUCGCCAUCCUCCCACUCCACCAUCCGCUUGAUGCACAAACAACGAUUCUUCCUCCUUAUUAUCCCGGAGAUUGUCUCCUCUUUUAAAACUUCCGAGAACAAAACGCAACAAACGAACAUUCUUACCGCUCUCUCACACUUAAUAGGACAUCUACCCAAGCAGGUGUUAAUGCAACAUUUCACGGAGUUGCUUCCCUUGCUCACACAAGCUUUGCACACGGACAAUACUCAACUCUUAAAGUCUGUGCUUUCCACUUUGUUCUGCUUCAUACAGGAUACCACCGAAGCCAUGACAGCACACCUGGAAAACUUGAUGAAACAUUUUCUGAGGUUAAGCAAAUUUAAACAGGAUAUAGAUGUUAGAGUAAAGGCAGUUCAAUGUAUUGGAGUUGUAACAUUACUUCCGCCAAUCGUCAUCUUGCCUUUCAAAAAUGACAUCGUUCGUCACUUGGUGUCAGUAUUGGACGAUCGAAAACGUGAUGUCCGAACGGAAGCUUCAAAAGCUCGUUCUGAAUGGUUUCUCGUCGGAACUUGAUUUUGAGCUUUGUCUACUUUAUUAGGAAGAAGGGUCUGUUAUGGUUAACUAUGCUGCAAAUAUAAGGUGCCAUAUUACAAGUAUUGGUCUGGGGGUUGAGCAGAGUGCUUUUUACAAACUGCCCAAAAUUUCUUGUAUAUUUCUCUCUUAAAUAAGUACAUGUCCAUUCUUUAUUGAUUUUUUUCAUAACUCGCAUUAUACUGAAAUUUUUCGCAUUCGGAUGUCUCAAAAUUUUUCAUAACUCGCAUUACACUGAAAUGUUUCGCAUUCGGAUGUUUCAAAAUUCAUUCAAAUUUUAUGACAAUAAUCGUGUAUUCACAUCACAAUUCAAGAGAAUAAAUAUCUCACAAUAGGAA